CAUGCGGUAAUCCUCCUGAAGUGAAAGAAGCUCUCCUAUCUUUGAUGAACAUGACCUACGGGCACGCCUGGUGCAGCCCGGGGCACGUGACCUCAAAUAAGGAGGAUAAGUUGACCCUGGCCUGUGUGGAGGGCAAGUGGCACUCCUCUGACACCGUUGGCACUGUGCCUCUGAUGUGUGUACCAGACACAAGCGAGAAUUCGUGUCCAGAGGCUCCCACAAUAAUGAACGCUAUUGUCGUUCGGAAAAAUGCCACAGAGGCGGAAGUAAUCUGUGACGACGGAUUUUCCAUCCCAUUCCUUGAUGUGGGGAGCGCCACUCUGCGAUGUGUCGACCACCAGUGGCUGCAUAACUCGAGUUUAUUCUACGGAUGUUUACCAGUAACAGCAGAUUCGGAUUGUGGUUCCCAGGUCGACAAUUCCACUAAUUACAUGAUGAACUCAACAUACGGCUUCGUCGAGUGUAACGAUGGCUUCACGAGCACUUCCGGGAUGUUCUGGACGCCCUUCUGGUGCCGUGAAGGAGAAAGUAUUUUCGACUCUACUGAGGGCGAGCCGGAGGAGAUGGCUUGCCUACCUGAUGAGCCGUGCCAAGAGGAGCUCUAUCCUCAACUCAGAAAUGGACAAGUCUUAUACUUUUCAGGUCUUGAGGGAUGGUGUGACGAAGGGUAUAGAUUCCCAUCUGGCAACCCUUCAUGCCUGUAUGCCUGCAUUGGAGGAACAUGGCAGUUACCCGCAUCUCAAAGGGAGGGGUGCUUGCCUUACUGCUCCGAAAGCUGCCAGAAUGGUGGUACCUGUGCAGCACCUGACCUCUGUAACUGUCCCCCAGAAUUCAGUGGCACCACAUGCAUGGAAGUUGCACUUUCAGAGUCCAUUCCUUUGGUCAGUGAUGUUGGGAAUAGGAUAGUGGGGUUAAACGACGAUAAACUCCUGACGUCUAGUAAUGAGAGAGUCCCUGAAACCAGCAAUGAAGACAUGUCACCUGUUGGGGAUUCAGUGGUUGUCCAGGAUAAGGACAAGUUAUUAGUAUCCAGUUACAGAGAUGGAGAAACCAUUAGUCAAGAUGUACCAACAUUUGGGAAUGAGAGGCCAAUGCCGGAUAAUGAUGGAAGGACUAUCAGUCGGGUCGUGCCAACUUUUGGGAAUAGGAGGUCUAUGCUGGAUAAUUUUGAUACAAGUAUCAGUCAGGAUGUACCAGCUUUUGGGAAUAGGAGGUCUGUGCCAAAUAAUGACAAACACUUUGUGCCCAGUUAUGGAGAUAAGACAAAAAUGAGUAAUAUGAGGUCAAGGCUAGACAGAGACAAACCCUUGAUACCUAGUUACAAAGAAGUGGCUGAAACUAGCAGUGAAGACAGGUCAGCCACUGGAAAUAGGAUGUCACAACCAGCAACGCUCCAUGAUGACAAACCUGUGAUGUCCAGUUACUCAGUGGCUGAAACUAGCAGUAAAGACAUGCCAUCUGUUGGGAAAAUGAUGUCAAGUCUGUAUGGUGACAAACUGUUGACACCCAGCUAUGGAAAAGGGGCUGAAACUAGUAAUAACGGCAUGCCAGCUAUUGGGAAAAGGACGUCAAGGCAAGGACUGCUGUAUAAUGACAAACUGUUGGCACCCAGCAGUGGAGAAGUGGCUGAAACCAUCAAUAAAGACGUAUCAACUUCUGGGGAUACGAUUCCAUGGCUGACAGAAGCCAAAAUCUUGAUACCAAGUUACAAAGAAGUGCCAGAAGCUAACAGUCAAGGCAUGGCAUCAAUUGUGAGCAUGAUGCCAGAGUUGGAUGCGCACCAACUCCGGAAACCCGAUUAUGAGGAUUUUGUAGAAACUAGCAGCAGAGAUGAUUACCAACGUUUGAUACGCAUAUAUGAAGAGGCUGAAGCUGGCAGCAGAGACCAAUCAUUUUUGGACAUGAAUACGAGAAACAAUAUGGCCAAUGACUUUCAAUCUGGCCUCUUUACCAGUGACGAUCUUAAGCCAGAUGCUUCAGGAUUUCACAGCAGGCCCAUGCCUUAUUCAGUACUAAACAAAGGACAAGAUUUUUUUCCAGUUGAGGGAGAAUUUCAGAGUUAUCAAGCCUCUCCAAGAAGGGUUAGGCAAUUAGACGACGCUGAUAUGGUCUCUGAAAGGGAGUCCCCAAGUACCCUCGUAACCCAACCCUCAGGGGAAGUAAACCUCUCAACAAGCAAUACUCCUGAGAUUGAUGGGUCAACAAGCAAACCUCCUCAGACUGAUGACUUAACAGUGAAAGCUGCUGAGACUGAUGACUUAACAGUGAAAGCUGCUGAGACUGAUGACUUAACAGUGAAAGCAGCUGAGACUGAUGACUUAACAGUGAAAGCUGCUGAGACUGAUGACUCAGCAACGAAAACUCCUGAGGGGGAUGACUCAGCAACAAAUAAAACUCCUGAGACUGAUGUCUUAACUGUGAAAUCUCCUGAGACUGAUGACUUAAUAGUGAAAUCUCCUGAGACUGAUGACUCAGCAAUGAAAACUGCUGAGACUGAUGACUCAACAGUGAAAACUACUGAGACUAUUGACUCAACAACAAAAACUCCUGAGACUGGUAACUCAACAAGCGAAAUUCCUGAGACUGAUGACUCAGCAACAAACAAAACUCCGGAGACUGAUUACUCCACUCCGGGAGGACAAGCAGCGCUGCCUACUACAAGUCCCAGCAACAAUCCAUCUACGCAAGGAGAAGUGGAGUCCUUGCCAGAUGAAAUUCAUGAAAGUGAUUACUCCACUCCAAGAGAAGAAGAGGCCUCAGUCAGUGGAAGACCCCUAUCUCUCUUGACCACGCCGUUUGGUUUGGUACCUGGUUCUGAAUCUGAGUCCACUAUCUCAUUAACCACUGUCUCAGAGCCUCCAACCAAGAUAUAUAAUGAAUCUGGGUUAGACUUAAAAGAUGUGGAGACAAUACAAGACCAUUUAACUGACCCGUCUUUAAAAAUGUUAAACUCGUCAGAGGACUCUGAGGGGGAGUGCUGUGAAAUUCUGAAGUGUGAAUCCCUGUCCAUAGAUGUUUACAAUGCUGCGUUAAGGCUAAGCGAAAACUCAAGCACAGUGACCUGCCGUGAGGGCUACACAUUCACCGGGGGUGAAACCUCGCUCCGAAUCGAGUGCUACAGAGGCGAGUGGGUCCUGCAAGAACCGUACAGGAACAUGACGGAAGUGACCUGUCAGGCUGUUUGCGACCCUCCGUGCAACAGCACUGGCAAGUGUUUAGAGCCAAACGUCUGCCGGUGCGCUGAAGGGUACACUGGUGAUCGAUGUGAGUUCCUGAAGUGUCUGUCUCCACCUCCAACUGUCAAGUUUGCUGAGAUUGAGUACAAAGGAAUGACCAGCAUAGCCAAGUGCCUGAAAGGCUACAAACUGCCCAGCGGGAACCAAACCCUUAACAUUGAGUGUAUCGACGGCCAGUGGAUGCCAGCUUUCUGCGAUGAGGAGUUGGACAGGAGGCUGGAGUGCCUCCCGGUGUGUAAAGAGGAGUGCCGCAACAAGGGCAAGUGUGUGGCUCCUAAUACCUGCGCCUGCCCGAUGCCCUACGACGGACCCACAUGUAGGGAUAUCAGGAGCAACCACUGCAAAGUUCCCCCGCCGAUCGUCAAGAAGGCUUACAUGAACUACACGGUGACUCUGGGAGAAGCCGUCUGCAUCGACGGCUACGCCCUCCCCUCGGGUGAGACCACAGCCAGAUUUGUCUGCAACUACGGCGAGUGGAAGUUCUCCGCCCCCAGCGACUUGAGAGACCCCGAGUGCCAGCCCGUGUGCGUGGGAGGGUGCCAGAACGGAGGCGUCUGCAAGGAUGCCAACAGGUGCCAAUGCCCCAACCCCUACAAGGGGCCCCUGUGUCAGGACGAGGCGACGGACGUGUGUCCUCAGCCGCCCGCGCCCAUUCCAAAUUCCAUCAUGCACAUGAGCCCAAGGAGCCCUUACGUGACCUGCAAAGCGGGCUACGCCUUCCCCUCGGGCGAGACCCAGCUGGAGCUGUGGUGCCAAGACAACGCCUGGGUGCCAGCCACCUACAGCGACGACCUUUCCCCAGUGCCACUGAUGGUCGAGGCAGACGACACCUUUCACCUGGCUUGCCUGCCAACCUGCAACCCUCCGUGUCAGAACCAUGGGAAAUGCGUGGACGUCAACGUUUGCCACUGCCCGAGGCCUUUCACGGGACGGUACUGUCAGGAUUUGGAUGCGGGACGCUGCUGGGACGAGCCGCCCUCGUUCGAGAACGCUUAUACCGUCUACAACUCCAGCAGAGCCACCGUGACGUGCAAGGACGGUUACGUGGCCCAGAACGCGGAGCCGGAACUCUACCUGGACUGCCUGGACGGCGACUGGAACCUGCCGCCGUCAACCGAGGAACCCGUCUGUAACCCGAGUUGCGUCCCGCCUUGCGACAACGGAGGCGAGUGCGUCGCUCCUGGCACCUGCGAGUGCACGCCCGAGUUCUAUGGGGUCCUCUGCGAGCAGAAGCGGUGCCCCACGGUGCCUGAGGCGGCUCCCAACUCCUACGUCUCGACUGACACUCGCGGAAGCGCCCUAGUCUCCUGCUUUGAAGGCUACAUUAUGAACACGGGAACCAACGAAGUCCCGAUGAAAUGCCUGGAAGGCGAGUGGUUCACGGUGGAACCCCAUCCCAGGAAGGUGGAAUCCCUGGAAUGCCGACCCUUCUGCGCCCAAAUGUGCCUGAACGGAGGCACCUGCACGGCGCCGAAUCUGUGCGAUUGCCCAGAGGGCUUCGCUGGAAGGUAUUGCCAGCACCUGAGAUGCAACGGCACUCUUGCCAACGACGACGUCGCCGAAGUUAAAAUCAGUCCCGACCACAUGACGGCAGAUGUGACUUGUCGAGGCGCCUAUAGACCGUCCACGGGGAACGAAAAAGUCCGGUUCUACUGCGAGAAUGGCCACUGGGAGGCCCCCCAGGCGAUGAUGCUCUCCCAGGCCGUCGUCACUUGCGUGCCCCUGUGCCACAAGGGUUGCGCCAACGGGGGCAAGUGCGUGGCGCCGAACACCUGCCAGUGCCCAGUUGGCUUCACCGAGAGUGACUGCAGUAAAAGAUACUCGCACACCAUCGAUGGCCACUCGUGCACUUUCCCAUUCAUCUACAACGGCUUAUGGUACAAAUCCUGCACCGACAUUGACAGCACCAGACCCUGGUGUGCCACAGGGGUCACCGUCCACAACUCCAUCUCUAGCUGGGGCGUGUGCGUUUCAGACCUCGGUAAGACUAAGGUAAUUAUGACAGUAGAUGGUGAGCUGUGCAACUUACCAUUCAUGCACAAUGGUGUAAGAUAUGAAACCUGCAUCUCGACCACGGACAGGCCUAAGCCUUGGUGUGCCACAGAGGUAGACGGAUCAAAUUCUGUGACCAAGUGGAGUGUGUGUGACCCAUCAUGGGGCGUCACCAAGGCCGUCAUCACGACGGAAUGGCGUAUGUGCACGUUCCCGUUCGUCCAUAACGGGAACGCUUACAGCAAGUGCGUAGACGACGACCUGGAGCAGCACGCCUACCCUUGGUGUGCCACGGAGGUGUCCGAAGAGGGAUUCCCCCUGGCUGUGGGCAUUUGCCAACUAGAUUGGGGUUACACCAGGACCAUCGCGACCGAACACCACAGGGUCUGCCAGUUCCCCUUCGUGUGGAAGAACCAUACGGUCCACACUUGCCUUCCAGCCGCCAAGGGCAUGAACGGGCCCUGGUGUGCCACUAAGGUGGACGAGAAGAGGAACAUGUUGGAGUGGGAUGUGUGUGUCCUGGACGAAGGUGAAUUUGGAGUACACCCACCACAUCACUCAGGCCCUGGUUCAUCAAGCACAGGAUCAGACGGUUUUACAGCUUGGCAUCUGAUCAACAUCACCACAGUCAUCGGGGUCCCUUGUAUCAUCCCCUUCAUGCACAAAGGCAGGAUGCACAACGGAUGCGUCAAAGAAGGCAACGACCCUCCUUGGUGCGCAACUGCAGUCGACGAACGCCUCCACGUCUUGACCAAGGGCAGAUGCCCGAGUAACUGGGAUUUGCCGAAGAAUCCGCUGCAGACUGAAAGCCCUCGUAAGGACGUCCUCCAGCAUCCAGGAGCGCCCGAAGGAAGUAUGAUUAACACUGUAACUGGGAAGGUUUGCAUCCUUCCAUUCACAUACCAGGGCAUCCAGUACCACGGCUGCAUUUCGGUUGGGUCCUCCAAGCCGUUCUGUGCCACGGAGGUGGACUCGAAAGGGGAGCUCACCAAGAGAGAGGACUGUCCAGAUGACUGGGAUUCCGACGCCCCCAUAGAAGGAGAACCUCUGUUUACUGUCUCGCCCACCAAAACCGUGUCGGGAGAGUUCUGCAUCUUCCCAUUCUACUACAACGGGAAGCUGUACCAGAGAUGCAUCACAGUGCAAUCCUACGGGCCCUUCUGUGCCACCAAAGUGGAUGGCAACCAGCAGGCGCUGAAAACAGACCUUUGCCAGGAUGGGAAGAAUGCAACAGGCCCCGGAAAGUUCGUCGUAUCCUACCGGACGCCAAUCAUCACUGCGUCAGGAGAAGUCUGCGUCUUCCCCUUCGUGUACAGAGGACGUGAGUUCUACGGAUGCGUAGCGCUUCGCGAUCGGUCAGGGUUCAUUUGCGCCAUCCGAGUCGACCACAAGAACGAAGCCUUGACCUUCGACUACUGCCCGCUGAACUGGGAUUACCAACAACAGUUCGUUGUAGUGACUCCGCUGAAGGUUCUGACUCUGACGGGUGAGUAUUGCGUACUACCGUUCCGCUACAAGGGCGCCCUGCAGAACGGCUGCGUCAGCGAAGGGCACGAGAAACCGUUUUGCGCCACGAAAGUCGACAGCGAGCUGAACUUGCUCGAGAGGAGAUACUGUCCACUGGACUGGUUCAAGCCUUUAGCAUCACCACCUCUUGCUGGGGGUCCCAUCAGGGACAUAAAAACGGUGGGGGGAAGGAGGUGCGUGAUCCCGUUCUUCUUCAUGGGCAAGGAGUAUCAUGGCUGCGUCGUUGGUGGUGGAGGGAUCAGCGGCAGCACCAGUAGGCCCUUCUGCGCCACAAAAGUCGACGGUAACCGAGUGCUGGUCGAGAGAGACGACUGUGUCGACGGUUGGGAUAAGGCCAUACCUCCUUUAGACGGUUACUUACCGCCAGUACACACGCAAGACAAGCAGAAGUGUGUGAACUCAUACAGAUAUAAUGGCGGGCAGUACUUUGGCUGCAUACAGACCGGUUCCAACAGGCCGUUCUGCGCAACAGCAGUCGACCAAAACAAGGACCUAGUCUCCCAUGGGCCAUGUUCUGAAGAAUGGGAUAGGAGCAAGUUCACAGUGACCACGGAGAAGGGCAAGAAGUGUAUUUUCCCCUUCACUUACAAAGGCGUAACCUCAAAGGGUUGCAUCACGACGGCCGAAUUCAAAAAACCAUUUUGCGCGACUAAGGUCGACAAAUCCGGAAGGUCUGUUGAGAUCGACUUCUGCCCACACGACUGGGAAAUGAUGUUGCUUUUACCAGGGGAAGUGAGGACAGAAUUCGGGGCACCCUGCGUGUUCCCAUUCCGGUACGGAGGCAGGACCUACCGCAGCUGCACAUUCAACAACUCCUUCAGAGCCUGGUGUGCCACGGCCGUGGAUGACGACAGGAGGAAGCGUGACUGGGGUUACUGCAUCGGAUUGGAUGAGUCUCAACCAGCUCGUCCAGGUGGAGGCAGCCAUGUAGGAAUCCCUGGAGCUAGUGUUCAACCAGGCAGUGCAGACGACGAAGGACAUCUGGCUUUUGAAGCAUUCCCUGAGAUACCAACGGGCUCCCCAAUCCUCGUCAGCCCCCUGGACAAAGACCAUGAACAUGAUUGCAAACACAUCAAGACAAUCACCAAUGAGGUGUGUGUGAUGCCUUUCAAAUACAGAGGGAAGUUCCACAAUGAGUGUAUUACGCCGAUCGAAGACGUUCCGCCGAGUUGUGCCGUGCGAGUUGACCUCCACGGUUCUGUAACCCAGUGGGGCAUAUGCCAACCUGGAACGCAUGAGGAGCCAGAUUUCGUACCCCAAACCUUCCAGAAGAGCCUUCAGUAGUGGGAAACAACGCAGCGUAAAUCCCGACGACCCAAUUUUAUGAAUGAGAGUCGUAUUCUAGUGAAUGAACUGUAAUCCUAGAGUAGUGUGUAAUCGUGUCAUUCAUAAACAAGCGACGAUUUUGUUUUGUUUUUUUUAUUUUUGAUGAUUUUUAUACUUGAUCGAGGAUUAUGUAGGGGGGAUUUAUCAUGAAAUGAAGUUAAUCCAUGCUUAGAAGAGGCCCAUUAGCAAAAAAAAAAAAAGAAAAAAAAUCCCACACUUUUGGAUUUGAAAUUUAAUUUGAUACUGAAUAUUCAUUUUGAGAAAGGUCGAUUUUAAAUUUUAACUUUAUGUUAACCGAGUUUUAUUUGUAUGUUUAUGACUGAAUUAUACAAUCGCCCUUUGAAAUGUAAUUCGUUAUAUAUAUAUAUAUAUAUAUAUAUAUAUAUAUAUAUAUAUAUAUAUAUAUAUAUAUAUAUAUAUUUAUAUAUUAUACAUUAUAUAUACGUAUGCAUAUAUAUUAAUCACAGAUAAGACUUACAUCUCCUAAACACCAUAGUGUUACAUCCAAACUUACACGCCGUCCAAAUAUUUAACCAAACUUAAUAUCUUUUAAAGGUAAAUAUAUAUUCAAACAUCAAUAAAUAAUAUCAUAUAUCUCAAACAAUUUAUUAAUUUAUUUAUUUUAGUAAUCAUGGGGGAAUUAUAAUUUUUUUUAAUCAUUGUGAUGACAGAGGAUUACUUGGAAUCAAUAUGGAAUUGAUGUCCCUAUUUUUCCACCAUUAGGGAAUGCAGGUUGAUAAUACUGAUAUUCGCUUAUUAAAUGAGAAUAUAAAA